UUGCGCGCGGAGACGCACGGCUCUCUCCGCGCGGCAGUCAGGCAAUGUCGUCCCGUCCGGUGUCCCUGGUGAAGCGGCGCCAGGGCGGCCUCGGCCUCGUGCUCGGACCGCCGCCUUCGACCAACGCCAGCGUCGUGGCGGGCAGCCCCCGGUGCAGCCCCAUGAACUCGCCGGCCAGGGCCCGCCGUGGUUCCCUGCAAGCCACCACCACGUGCGGCGCCGGAGCGAUGGGUGAAGCGGCCGGUGUGCGCGCCGUGGUGCACGCCGUCGUGCCCGGCGGCGAAGCCGACCGCACGGGCCUCAUCCGGCCCGGUGACGUGGUGCUGCGCGUGAACGGAACGUGCCUGACGGGCUUCGAGCACGCCAACUGCCUGCUCGGACAGGUGCCCGACGACGCGCCGGUGACGCUCGAGCUGGCCUGCAACGGGGACGCGUUCGGGUCGGCCUUCGCUCUUCCCGGCGAUGGCGACAACUCGGCGAAGAGGCCGCUCAUCGUCCGCAACGUCGAGACCGGCAAGAUGCUCGUCGACUCCCUGCACAAAAUAGCGAGGAACCCGCUUCCGUGUACGAGCACCAUCUGCCAGGGUUCGCUGAUGUGCGGCCCGGUGCGGCGUAACGGCAAGGAUCCUCGGUCCAAAGAAGAGGUGCUGCAGCACGCCAGGGAGUUCCUGGACCAGUUCUACACGAGCAUCAAGAGGUUCCACUCCAAGGCGCACGAGAAGCGCUGGGCGGAGGUGGAGCGCCAGGUGCAGGCGCGUGGUACCUACGACCUCACCGAGACAGAGCUCGUGUUCGGAGCCAAGCUUGCCUGGAGGAACUCGGCCAGAUGCAUUGGCAGGAUACAGUGGUCGAAGCUGCAAGUAUUCGACGCAAGGCACUGUUACACUGCGAGGGACAUGUACGAAGCCAUCUGCGCUCACCUCAAGUACAGCACGAACAAAGGAAACAUCAGGUCUGCCAUCUCCAUCUUCCCGCCGCGCACGGACGGCCACCAUGACUACAAGGUGUGGAACGCGCAGCUGAUCCAGUUCGCCGGACACAAGCAGCCCGAUGGUAGCGUCAUCGGUGAUCCGGCCUCCGUAGAGCUCACAGAGAUAUGCAAGAAACUGGGCUGGAAACCCCAAGGAGGCCGCUUCGAGGCGUUGCCCCUGGUUCUUUCAGCCAAUGGCGAGGACCCGGAGAUAUUCGAGAUUCCCGAGGACCUCAUCAUGCGAGUCAAGAUUACGCACCCACUCUACAAGGCAAUUGACGAGAUGCAGCUCGAGUGGUACGCCGUGCCCGCCGUCGCUAGCAUGAUGCUCGACGUGGGCGGCGUAGAGUUCACCGCCUGCCCCUUCAACGGCUGGUACAUGGUCACCGAGAUAGCCGUCAGGGACUUCUGCGACGCGCAUCGCUACAACCUGGCCGAGGAAGUCGCGACUCGAAUAGGCAUCGACACCAAAAGCAAUUCGAGCCUCUGGCGGGACCGGGCUGCCGUCGAGCUCAGCUUGGCUGUCAUGCACAGCUUCCAGGCAACGAACGUGACCAUCGUGGACCACCACUCGGCGUCGGAUCAGUUCAUGAAGCACAUGGAGAAUGAAAACCGGCUGCGUGGAGGCUGCCCCGGAGACUGGGUGUGGAUCGUGCCACCGCUCAGUGGAAGCCUGACGCCCGUGUUUCACCAGGAGAUGCUUUACUACCACCUCAAGCCGAACUACGAGUACCAGACGCCUGCCUGGAAGACCCACGUGUGGCAGAAGAAGGCGGACGACCAGCGACGGCAUUCCAGGAAGUUCCGCUUCAAGGACAUUGCCAGCGCCGUGAAGUUCACCUCAGCCAUGUAUGGCAAAGCCCUGGCAAAGCGCGUCAAGGCGAAGAUCCUGUACGCCACCGAGACGGGAAAGUCCGAGACCUACGCCCGUGUGCUAUGCGACAUCUUCCUGCACGGUUUCAACGCGUCGGUCGAGUGCAUGGAAGACUACGAUUUCGUCAACCUGGAAUUCGAGCCCCUGCUACUUGUGAUUUCCAGCACUUUUGGCAAUGGCGAACCGCCCGAGAACGGAGAGGUCUUCGCUCGAAACCUACAAGUCAUGAAGAGCUGCAGCCCCUUCGGACCGGAGGGUACAACUCCGAGGACGACGUCAAUGUCCUUCGUGCGGAAAAACAGCGUCAAUGCCUCCGAGAAUGACGUCGGUUCUCCGCCGCCACCCCACGAGGCGUCGGACCUUGGACCCCUCAGCAACGUCAGGUUCGCCGUGUUCGGACUGGGUUCCAGCGCGUACCCCAACUUCUGCGCGUACGGCAAGUACGUCGACAAGAUACUGGGAGACCUGGGCGGGGAGCGCAUCUGCAAGUUGGCCACCGGAGACGAACUGCGCGGGCAGGAACAGUCCUUCCGAGUGUGGGCCAAGACUGUCUUCGAGCAAGCGUGCGAUGUGUUCUGCGUGGGCGACGACAUCGGGCCCAUUGAGAUGACACCCUCGAUGGAGGAGAACAUCGCCUGGUCGCCGGACAAAGUGCGCCUUUUCCAGAAAGCCGCCGACAAGAACCCGCCCCUGGGCUUCGGUCUGUCAAAGGGUUCCAGUCGAAAAGUCGUCGCGAGCAGGCUGGUGUCCAGGAAAGUUCUGCAGUGGGACAAGGAAGACGACAAGAAGACCAUCAUGGUGGUGCUCGAGGCAAGCGGCGACAGCGAGCUGAAAUACGCGCCGGGCGACCACAUCGGCAUCUACGCUGUCAACCGGGACGACAUCGUCAACGGCAUCGUGGAGCGCCUCGCGCCUGGAUCGGCAGAUCCGGACGCUGUCUUCAGGGUCCAGUACCGGGACAUCGUCCAGAAUCCAAUCACGGGCGAGCAGAAAGAGACGUGGCAAGACAACGGCCGCCUGCCUCCAUGUUCGCUGCGCCUGGCUCUGCGCCGCUACCUGGACAUCACGACGCCGGCGUCGCAAGAGCUGCUCAAGUACCUGGCCGCCAUGGCAUCGGACGAGCGCCAGCAGGAGCAGCUGCAGACGCUCGCAACGAAUCUGGAGAAGUACGAGGACUGGAAGGCACACAAGUUCCCGCACCUGCUGGACCUGCUCGAUGAGUUUCACUCGGUGCAGCCGACGCCCGAGCUACUGCUGUGCAUGCUGCCUCUGAUCCAACCGCGCUUCUACUCCAUCAGCUCGGCGCCAGAGGCCUAUCCGGGCCAGAUACACCUCACCGUGGCCGUGGUCACGUACCGGACCGAAAAUGGCACAGGCAAGAAACACUACGGUGUGUGCUCCUCGUUUCUGGACACCAUUGACCCAGGAGAGGAGAUUGCUUGCUUCGUCAGGAUCGCGCCGAACUUCCACCUGCCAGAACAGAAGAACGUUCCCGUGGUGCUCGUCGGACCGGGGACAGGCAUCGCCCCCUACAGGAGCUUUUGGCAACGACGCUAUUGUUCUAUGCAGGGUGUCUACCAAGAAGGACAACCGUUCUACGAAGGACAGAUGGAUCUCUACUUCGGAUGCCGCACAAAGGAAUCGCAGCUAUACGCUGAGGAAGUGCAGACAAUGAAAGACGCGGGCGCACUGCGGAACGUCUUUCUCGCCUUCUCCAGGGUUCCAGGCCAGGAAAAGUGCUACGUCCAAGAUCGGCUGCACGAAAGGGCCGAGGAGCUGUACAAGCUGCUCACGAAAGACAACGGCCACCUGUACGUCUGCGGCGACGUCAUCAUGGCCGACGGUGUCAACAAGGCGGUGCGUGCCAUCCUGCGAGACCAAGGAAACAUCUCGGAGGAGAAGGCUGAAACGCUCAUGGACAAGCUCAGGGAGGAGAACCGCAUCCACGAGGACAUCUUCGGCGUCACCCUGCGCACCGAGGAAGCAACGAGAAAAAGUCGGGAGGACGCCAAGCGGAGGAGCACCCACAAGUGACACCCGCUGGCCGGCCUGCCCGACUCCUUUGGCUCGCUCACUUUCUCCAGGAUCAGGGCCCUCCUCACCAACUGCACUUCGCCGGGACACGCGAAAUGACGACACCUGUCACCGCCGCCACCGGUGGGGGCGGGACUAGUGUGCGCAACCUCUUUCCUCCUCCCCGUCCUCCUUCCAUGCCGCGCUUGCCCGUGCUGCGCUAAGCGUGCCGAUUGUCCCGACGGUGCAACCUUGUCCUGCAGCCGACUGACUCUUUUUAUGGGGACAGUCUCUAUUCAGGGCACGUGAUGCUCAAACGCGCUUGACUCUCUUGUUUUUUUUUGGUUUUUUUUUUGCACAGUUGUAGCAUCGCUUCUGCGGAUGACGUGAACACGGGGCUCCGGGACACGGGGCCACAUCUGCCGGAAACGCGUUUAGCCGAAAUUUUGCUUCGCAGUUGGCACCGUUACAUGCGCUUCCGCUUGCUUCCAGACAGUGAUGCAUCGAAAUUACAGUUCUAAAAUGAAUUCAUUCAACAGACGCUCACAAGAUAUCGCCGACAGCUGGGAGGCUCGCGGCAAUGUCUUUUGCUGGCCGAGACACGGUGAAAGUAUAACACCCCUACGUAUGAUUAGACCGCCUUCACUGCAAUUACUCGUCAGUUCCGACGGCGAAACGCCCACUCUACAACUCACUUGAAUAGAAGGGAAGGACACUCAAUGGAAUAUCAUGGUUGCAGAAAUUUUCGUACUGCUGAUUGCAAUGACAGUCCAUUACAAUGCAACGUUAUCAGUAAUAACACGUAUUGCGUGUGCUAUUUGUUCGUCUACAGGAUAUAGUUGCACCGUCCGAGCAGUCGUACGUGGUGUAGCGUGAUUCUAGCAUGUUCCCAAUCUUCCUGUACCCGCGAUCUGCUCAAGAACACCUAGAGCACAUCGAGCAUGUACGCAUCACUAUGCUAUGUCAUGUGGUAACACGCACCGUCACGCACGCAUCGACGUGCGUAACAGUGUGUGUCGUGUGUAAUACACUGUGAUGUUUCGCCCACGUAUAGUUACGCAGAAGGAAACCCAGGGCACAGGGAUCCACAGGGUUAUGUUGGCACGGUGCGUAGAUACGCGCCUCAAGAAGGGAAAGCUGGUGCAUAGCGAUAUGUUUAGCAAUGAUCCAACCUACCAAACCCACUGUCUCCGAGAUCAGUGUUUGUAUUAUACACGCAACCAACACGGGAAGAGUUGCAGCUCGUCUUUUCGUGUAUUCGGGUCCCGCUCAUCUGGAGCGAACUUUCCAAGUCUGAUGCGCUGGCCAAGUCGGUCACAAGUCCGUGUACCGCCACAUACUGCUCAUUGAUAAGUAAGAUAUUCUUUUUCUUUUUCGCCUUCUUCCUUUUCGGUAGAUAUGUGUACAUAUGGGCGCUAACCGGAAGCGGACAAAGUAACCGCCACUGUGCAAGAGCUCCGAUUCAGUGCGAGCCACUGAGUGGCCCAUUCUUAAACGUUAUCCUGCUGAACAAAAGAUGGCAGCCACUGCAUCUCAACUGCAAAGAGAGCACAGCAUAAUCUACGUACUUGGGCGCCCUCAGUAUGGGCGUGCAUGCAAAUGAGCAUCGGCACGCUAAACUGGACUUGGUAGUCGUAGAAGAACACGUUUAUUCGAGAAACGAAUAGUCUUUCUACGUCGAUUCGGGAAAUCGCGUAAGUUUACUUCCGCAAAAUAAAACUUUGUAAGUCAACUAACGCAAAAGGUUCACAAAGGCACCAGGUUAAAACUGGUCUCCCUGUGCUUUCCCAUGCAUUUAGUAAUUGUGCAGUGGUAUGCGUGCAUAAGUGCGACAUAAAGCUGUACGUGAAUGUUUUCUUCCUAUCUGAACCUUUGGCUGGAGGAAAAGUCUAAGGCAACGACUCGCAGCUCCGAGUACACUUCAACACCUUGUCAGUGCCACAUGAUCUACCCGUCUUGGUUUUACCAGGAACUUUUGCGCAGGGCUCGGCAGCCAUUGUGCCAACAAACGCUAACAACAAACGCUAACACGCGCGUUCAAAGCUUAUUAAGAGACCAAUGUACCAGCCUAUGUUUUACCAUGUCUGGUCAUCUACGCCAGUCCUUCUCUAAAUACUUCACAUUUCGUAGUGCUACUGUGAAGACUGCGCUUAUACAGUAUUUCGUGUUCAACCGUUCCCCGUUAAGAUUAAAACAUAGUGUCAGAACAUAAAAGCAAAACAAAUGUUUUAUCUUUCUAUGCGCUAAUAAUAUUCAGUCUUUGUGGGACCGAUCCUAAGAAAAUACCAUACGGUGCCGAGUUAACUAUGUUUCGAAUGAAAAAAAAAAACACUCCACAAUUUACAAAAUACUUGAGCUUCAGUGGAGGCUGCAGCGCCCAGUUGGAAAUUUUUUGCACUUGUACCACAACCACAGCUCAAGAAAUCUCAAACAUUGCUGUUCCGGCUUGCUCUGUCUCUCUCCAUAAUUAUUUGUAGUUGCUAAAAUGCAUUUGUGCGCAGUAUUGUACAAGAAAAAUUAACGGUGCUCCGCAACGGAAACCCGCCGAAGUCAUCGUGUCUCCGAAGCAUUAGACAAAGACUGCGUGCGCUAAGCCUUAGAACCAUAUCCAAGAACUAAGUGGCCGUGUCAGCUCGCCUAUACGGAAAUAUGUUAGACAGCGCCUACAACGCAGCUACAUAAAGCCUGCAACAGCGAUCGCGCAUAACGUGCUCAAGUGUGCGCCUGCCAAUAGGUCGCAGGUUGCGACCAUGCCGGCUGCACCGAAUGCUGGGGCUUAUGAACGCGCGCUCUCUUUUAUCAUAAGCCACAGACCACGUGCUCCGCCUGCGCACCGCACCCGAACCCAACAUGCUCGUUCAUGGCCUUGGCCCCGUUAUCUCUUGCGAGUGUGGAGCCGCAUUCCUCAGUCACUUAUCUACAAGGAGCACUUUGCACGUCAGGGAGAGAUUGUGAGGCAGCGGUAUGUCAACAACGAGAUUUGAUAAUGAGAAGGGGAAAGGAAAAACGAAAGUAGAAGAAGAGGAAGAAGCAGAAGAAGCCCAAGUUCCCCUGUCACAGCUACGUCAUGCGUCGUUCGUCAUCUGUCUUUGCGUGAGCGUUGCGAUUCACGUGAUUUGAAGUUGCGUAGUAAAGUCACCCUAGGGCGGCAAUGUCUCAGGAUCGUUUCCGGUGUUCCUAACGAUUUAGCCGUGAGGCUAUAGGCAGCCUUGGGUUCAUUGUGUGCGGUGAUCUGGGUAUUCUGGAAACCUCUGCCCGCAGGAGAAAAGUCUCAUCAGAAUGUGGGUUCCGGUUGUUUCGUCAGCUGCAAAUAUUUGCUUAGACUAUUUUAUGCACUCCGCGUCCAUGCGUGACCACGUGAUAGCUGCCGGUGGCGGCAGUUGACAGUCGGACGACUAUACACUCAAGUUUGUCCGUUCAAAAAGUUUGUACCACAACGCGCAAUGAGAACCACUAAGAGGUGGACAGGCUACAUGAACCAGAUUCAAUUUGGGAUGAAAUAUGAAAGCGCUGCGAAGCUUUGUUUCGAGGAAGAGCCAAACUACACAUGUGGUCGAAAGAGCGUGUCAGUAAUGUCCUGGGCAUAAGUGUAGCUUCGGCUUCGCACCGACCGUGGUAUUCUCACUACAGUUCUAAGUGCCACAGCUUACAAGAACCUGUAGGUACGCCAAAUGGGCAUUUGAAAGUUCGAGGUUCCUAUCAAAGGAUGCAUGCCAGAAUGAUGUGCCACACUAAUUCGCCACCGUUUCGACAGCAGCAUUUGAAUUUUGUCCUGGCGUGCACGGAGUUGCAGUCGAUGACGAAGAAAAGUUAUUUCUUCAAAACUUCGGCGCACUCUGGAGCCCUCCUUCGGUUUGACUUCCCCGUUCUACCGUUGACUGACAACGUCGCCCGCGACACCAUUGUCACUGCGUCGAGGUUAAGAUCCGCCGAGUGCAAGUAGGUCACGAAAGCGCUUACAUGCAUGUCUCAACGACCGGACAGCCCCAGUUGAGUCCCGGUUAAUACGCCCGGAGUUCUCUCGCAAAGGCAGGCCAACGUGAGGACAACCCGGACGUAUCUAGACCGGCCUUUUUCUCUUCGCUUCGUCAUCGUUACUGUUUGUUUCGUCGGUUGCAACCCGUACACACACACUGCACCCUCAGAGAUGCAAAGGCUAAUAACGGAUGCAAAAAAAAGACCCCUGAGGCGCUCGACGGGGGUGGGCGGGGUCGCACGCACUACAAUGCCUGUCGUGUUUAGACGAGCGCCUUGACACGCCGCUCGCGCAACGGCCUUCGAGGCCCUAAUUGUGACGUCCCGAGACAAUUCAGGCGCGACGCACGCUUCUCUAUCACGCGACUAAAACUCUGCGUGCACGCCCCCUACAUACCCACGUGACCGCGUGUACACCAUACGGAGCAGCCUGCUGCGCUAAUGCGCACUACCGUAUACACAAGUGCUCCCAUUCUUUUCUUGUUUUGUUUUUUUUUUGUCUACAUGUGCCAGUGCCUAUCCCUCCAUGUCCACUUCCCCGCGUAUAUACGUACUUCUCAAGCCCACGCCGCCCGCCUCUGUAUAAGCUCUGUGUCAGCCGCCGAGUCCGAGGGCACGUUGUUAACCGUCGCGCGCAAGCGCCGUGCUUUCUGCAAUCCAAUUGCCGCGCACCCCGUGUAUAAACGUCGCUUGUAUAAAGCGUUUUCUCCCCCUCCUUUUCUCCCGCUUGCUCGAAAGCGGCAGCCUUCGCCGUCGCCGGUUUAAAAGAGCCCCGUUCGUUUCGCAACGUUGUGAGGGAGCUUUGCGUGUGCCUGUGUAACGGUUGCCCAGGGGAUAAAGUGAAAGAAGGAGGCAUGGAGAGAGGGAAAUAAGUAGAGAGAGAGAGAGUUGUUAUAGUUUCUUGUGCUCCGUUCAGAGGUGCAGCAUUUUACAGAGCAUUUAUGUGUACAAAAGAGUUUCGCUCGAUGUCUCACCCGCGACGCGCAUAACCCCUGUCCUCCCUCAACCCUUUCAGCCCAAGCGUUUGCUUAAAUGUUUCUUCGAGAUAACGUUCGCACCUUCUCGCGUUUCAUGCAGGAGGCUCUGCUGAAUGAAGCGCAGACGUCACUGCUUUGGCGUAGAGAGUCUGCCUACCACUGUCGCUGGGCGGUGAAAGUAUUUCUUAUUAUUGCGUCAUCUCUGGCAGAAACUGGGUUAGGACUAAGAACGUCAAAUGAAUCUUGCAUGCGGCUACACACCGUUGCAUCUGAGGUAAUCAAUUAGUGUCUUGUUGCCUGGUGAUAAUAUGGGGUAAUCAGGAUGGGUUACCGUUGAUAGUGAAGGAAGAAAGCGUCUGUCGUUGUUAUAGCUCCCGGCCAUCUCACGGAUAUCAUGUUGCUAGGAUUCUUAGCGUUCUAGUUCAUGAUACUUAAGUCGGAGAUCACGGCGUUUGGGGUUGUAAGCUGCUUUUAGCAUGGAAGGAGGCUGCGAUACGAGAUACAGGGCAUCUACGCGCGAAACGGUGACGUCCGUGCAGCACAAAAGAGGUGAACUACGGGUGAGAGUAUUUUUGAUCGUUCUUUGCGCAUCCUUAUGCGAUUGCAGAUCUGUGCGGAAGAAAAAAAAAGGAAGAAACAAGAGAGGUAUAGGUGGAGAGUUCAGAGACCCUAUCGUGCGCAAGUGAGCGUUCCAGAGUUUCUUUCUUUUUCGUGUUCUUCAGUGUGCGACUACCAGUGUGUAACUAUCAGAGCGUGCUAUCAUGACCAUCUCGAGGUUUCCCCCCAGUCUUGUGUUUUCUGGCGAGUGUGUUUUUUCCGAGACGCUAUAGCAUUUGUGGCUGCCGCCAGUAUAUACCUCCGCCACUGUUCUACACUAUAUCUCUGCCAGUCACUUCUAGCGCCGCCUGCGCGCUGUAUUCUCCAGGCAUUUGUACAUAGCGGAACUAUCUAACUGAGGUUGCCGAGCUCCACAAGUUUGCCAGCAAAUAACGUAAGGCAUAUAACGCGUGAAAUGCUCCUAUACUGUGACCAUGACCGCGCACUUGAAGGAUCAUGAAAGUGCUAGCAAUCCUCGAACUGCGUGACCCGCUCUAAGCGACAGCUCACGUGGUUGAUCCGAAUAGAGGGCAUGCUCGGGAGCUGGAGCACGAUAACUGACCACGAUACGGUGAAAGGCGAGACACGCUGUUAACGGUGAAAGAGGAGUUGCUGGCGCUUUCCUAAUUCUCAAGAGUGCAGAGCGUCAACUCCCCGGCCUUCGGGCACGAAUGUCGACCUCGUCGUAACUGCGAGGUUUUUCCAGCUCAAAUACCUUCUAUUUCUCCGCAUCUUCCAACGCAUCAGCGCUGCCAAAUAGUCAGCUUCCUUCAUUACAUUUUAACCUUAAUUUAAGCGUUUGAUAGCUCGCUAGCCUGAAAGGUCUUAUUUUUCUUCCUCCGUUCAAGAAGGGGGGGAGGGGGUGAGGAUAAAUGCUGCUACUUCUAGAUAACUCUGUUUUCGCAUCAUUCAGGCGGUUAGUGGUAGCUUGCAGCUCGUUUUAAUGCUGAAUGGUAAUUCAUUCGUGUUUGGAACAUUUAGACGCUGGCUUCUCGUAUAUAGGAAAUUAUUAUUGACAACAAAGUGAUAUGGUAAAAAAAUUACGACAACUGGGCCGCAGCUCGAACGCACCAGGAGACACGCGAAGAAAAUUCAGUGCGUUUUCUCUCUGUUUCCUUUAGAACUAAUGCGUUUGAGCGUCGUCCAUGUAAAGAUUUAGCAGCGGUGUGCGCUGCUGUCCCACUCCGCGCACGAUGUCGUAAGCGGCAACCACAUGAAGCGCAUAUUCAGCGUAUUGUCGGCGUCACGCGGCGUCGGCGCGUCCAUAUCGAAUUGCGCGGUGACUGCAGCUUUAGUUCAUGUGGUUAUCGAAUAAUUUUUGUACCGCGAGGUACGCGUUCGGACCUAUUUUAAAACCACUGCGGUCAUCACUCAUUUCGAAAUGCACGCGACGGUGCCGAGCAAUGGGACGUCAAAAAUGCGGAGAGCACGCGCUCUAUGCGGUCACAAGCAUCAAAAUUAUGUGCGUAAAAACCAUUCGACUACCCGUACGAUUUGUCGUAGCCACAUGACAUCCAACAACAGUCUAGCAUGUUUUCUUUUUUUUAAAGCAGUCCUGGACAAGUUUCCAAACCGUGAACAGCAAUUUUCCCAACGUGUCCGGUAGAUCGGGCUGUUUUGACGUGCAUAUGUUUGCCACCUUAUAUUUAAAUUACUGUGCUCAAAUCCUUGAGCAGAUCAAAUAUGCGUUCCUAUAUUCGCGCACUACAUUCUGGGGCAAUGAUAGAAAAGCUACAGGGGCGGAGCUUCUGCACAUGUAUUACUGGGCAAAGUAGUUUGCAAAGCAGUUUGACAUAACUUUCGGUUUCUUGGAAUAGAUACUGAAUCAGCGUAACUGCCACGGUUUCGCAAUUGCCCAAACACGGAAGAGAAGACCAGAAGAAUGUAUUAAGUUUAACAUUCAGUUGUCUAUGUUGUCUUAUUUUGUUGUUGUAAGUAGGAUGCUUAUGUUUUCUGUGUCCCCAGGUGGAAACUAACGCGGGUGAGAAUGUGGGACUUUUCUCAGGAGUGCUCUUUCUUACGUAGUUUUUCAUUCAGUGCCACAGAAACCCCUACCCUAUUUGCAGCCUGGAUACCUAUAUAUACCGGUUUGCUUCUGUUCAUGCUAUAUUGUGGCAUGCUAUGCACUAAGCAUACAGGAGCGCUAGUUGCUUCAAAACGGUUAGGAAUAUGGCGUCGAAGAGUAAGUGUGAUGAAUAAGUGCGCCGACCGAACGCCCAGUUAAUUCGUUUUCGCGUCAUUCAGCUCAGUUGUUUGUGUUUGUACAAAAUUACAUUAUUGCUAGCAAGAAUAGCCAAGAGCGACUCUUUGCGAAAUGUUCACGGCAGUAGUAUUGUUUCGUUGGGCCCCUAGUAGGACUCACGUACUUUGCUUAUUCCGCUGCCUUGUGAUAUCUAUCAUUUGAUCUUCAACAUAACCACGUCUUGCUGCCAAUAACGAACAUCAAAGCGAAAGUACUCUUCUGAUAACUGUUUUUUUUUUAAGCUGGAAAAAUGAAGUGACAGGCUGGCAAUUUUGCUUCUGUGAGAUUAAUGUGACCUUCUCUUUGAGACUUGAAAAGCACCCAUGGCAAGAGCAUAUUCACUUUCUUCAUUCUUUUUUUUUUACGUUGAUCGUAGAGCAGAGCUAUGACGUCGCAACAGUUACCUUCAUCUUUCGUUAGAGACUCGCAAUGUUCCGUUCGCCGUAUGCACUAUUUAUCGUCAUAUCCUUACACUAAAACAUUCUUCAUUUUUUUACUGUGUUAUUUAUUCUAUUUCAAAAUAUAAAUGCAGUGACCUCUUAUAUUGAAAUGCGACGUAGAUAAGGAGAGAUGAUUGCCAUGUUAAGCAAUGCUACAGGAACAUUUCAUUUUCUUUUUCUCCGAAAAGUUAAUUUUAGGUUCCUUUUUUAACUCUUGCACGUUUGCAAAUAUAAUCUUUACUUUGAUUUGCCUCAGAGUCAGUUUGAGAGUAUACUGGGGCGUAAAACUUGAAGAGGGAAAGAACGACUGCGAUAUUUUCAGAAGUAGUCACACGAGAAUCCUAUCUGCUUUGUUAGCGACAUUUCUACUUAAUUUUCUUUCUUAUUGUACUGCGCAGUCUGUAGUUUAUUGAGGAAUACUUAGCUUUUCGGGUAAAUAGACUAAAUUUAAGUGCCUUUCUCUACUUAACCUAGCAUAUUUAGUGAGCUGUUAAAGCCAUAUUAAAGGCAUUUACGGAGGCAGCUUUUGCUUCAGCUUUGUUACAUAGUCUACGUUGCUGUUGCUAGCUUUAGACAUGAAAGAAAAGUUCGAUCUUGACGAGAUAUCAAGCUGUAUAUCUUAAUCUGCUUUCUUGCUUCUUUUUAAACAUUGUGUUUAGGUUGUACUGGGACGUGUCUUGGCAAAUGUUUAUCAUGCUAAUAUUUCCAUCACUUUAGAAGCCAGCGACCAGCUGUAUAUCUGAAUCGAUUUUGUUGCUUGGCUUGCUAAUCUUUUUAUGCGGUAGUCUGGUACGCAAGGGAUAUUUAGCUCGGCGAAUGUUUUUACCAAGCUAAACUUUAUAACUUUCAGGAAGCAGACUACGAGCUCUAUACCUGAAUCUACUUCGUUGCUUUGUUUGCUUCGUUGCUUAUGCUGUACGUACAGUUGGACAUGCAAGGGACAUUGAGCUCGGCAAAUGUUUUAACAUGCUAAACUUUCCAACGUUUUCGAAGCAGACGACAAAAAGAAAGAAGCCGACCAGUCCCAGUGCCUGAACACAAGGACACAAUAGCACGUCACAAUGACCGAAAAAGAAAACAAAAAUAAUAAAUACAUUUGCCUGUAGACAUCGGCACUUGUGACCUGUUAAUAAACUGCGUUUUGUUACGAAUAGAUGUCAAGAUGCAUGGCAAGGGAGACAAUAAUAUCCAGGUUUUAUCAUAUCUAUUUGCAGUUUUGUUCCUCUUUAUCUUUUUGCUUGCUUUUAUCUUCUUUUUUCAUAACACUUCGGUGCUAAUCCUGGCUUAGGUGGUCACACUAUGCGGGAUUUUGCAGUCUCGCACGUUCAGGAAAACAAGCGAGUAUAUACGUGACGUCACAUGCGCCAUAUUGUUGUCCUACUCACAGCUUCCACUGUGCUGUUGCUGGAGAUACGGGAAUCGAAACAGCGCCUCACUUUUCGCAGUGCUGCAGCUAUACAACAAAGAACACGGUGGCCUCGAUGACGUCACUGUAUAUACAUAACGCCUUAUAUUCACCCGUUUGUUCGUUGCCGCCACGUUGCUUCUAUAGAUUCUGCUGCACCUCUUCGGACCCUAUAGGCACGCCAUAAUUUUCGGACUAAUACGCUCAGCCAAUCUGGACAUUAACAAAUGUGUCACAAAUCUUAGUUAUGCUUUUCUUUUUGACCUUGCCGUGGAAAAAACUUGCAGUUUCUUUAUUCCAUAAAAUUAUGAAGCAUUGCUUUCUUUUUUACUUCUUUGGUGCAGCAGCCGUUUUUACUGAAAUGACUUGAAGUGCACCGAAAGGAGUGGAAAAUAUUUAAUCAAACAUGGACGCAGUUCCUCAAGAAAAUUUAUUUUUUUCGCUUGAGCGAACUGCCUCCUCCACAACGGGCAGUUGCAUCUCACUGUGAUCUGUGGAAAUCUGUGAAGCUUGUUGAUUGUUCACGGGGUCUCCAUAUUGUAAGGUUCUCGAACAAGUUGAAACAGCCGUCAAACGCACAUUGAACGCUUGAAGUUCGUCGAAGUUUAGCUAUUUAAAUAUUCUUUUUUGUUAAAUUUUCGUGUUGCUUCGUUGUUGUGAGACUUGUUACGCGGUAUCCAUCAUUGAUUGAUGAAGGCUGAUACCUCUUUCCAGAAACGCAUUUCCACGAACGCCGAAGACAUACCCAUUUAAUGUUUGGUCCGGCGUCAGUAUUCUCCUGUCUCGAUGAAGAAGCAUGACAUUUAUUUUCACGACCAUGUUUCCAGCCUUGUAAUUGAGUUUAUGUGAUGAGCUGGUACUGUUUUGCAUUUUUCGGAAACGUCUAUUGUAAACUACUAUUCAGCCACACUUUCUUUUUUUAACUACAUUUAUUCGUUAUUUUUUUGAAGCCCACAUGUGUUUACAAAGCAGCCUUUAUUAACGUUCGUCAAGCUCGCUAUGGACCUGCACCCCGGCGGGGUGAAGUCUUAUUAACAAGUGUAUUGAGCACUGCGUGUAAUAAACUUGUCGACAUGUGAAGUUAAUCAAUUAGCGGCUGUUUCCCCUUAAUAGACCUCCACUUCUGAUGCCCGCAUCAUUAAAUGUGAUGCCAGGUUCAUGCUUUUUUUCUCGAAGUGAUGUUGCUACGCCUUUCAGGGAGCGGCUAAACAACGCAUCUUCUGUGUACGCUUUCAUUUAUUGCUUGUUCCCAUUUCCUGUAUUCAAGGGACACCAAAGGCAAAUGGCAAGGGAUACUAUAGACUGGUCAACUGCCUUCUUGAAAUCUGCUGGCGAUGUUUGUCGGCUACAAAAGAGGAAGUUGGCCGAUUAGCGAAAAAAAAUAAGAGCGAACUUUCCUCUUCCGAUUGCUCGUCUAUGUCGUAAUAACGUUUACGUGAACGUUUAACGUCACGGAUUUAGCGGUAUUCUCUUGGAGAUGUUAUUUCUUGCUUUUCUUCAAUAAAACCCCAUAAUAAAUGCCGCCAGGCAGAUUAAAGAAAAAGAAAUAUCGAGCGUACAGUGGCGCUGCUAUUUUUCUGAUAUCGAGUAUUCGACUAGUCCCUUGCAGUGUUCAUAACCUGUGACGUCACAGAAAUCUGUUCAUCUUGCAUCUAAUGUACUGCAGCGUCAAGUACCGUCUUUCACUUUUACACCGUCUUUCUGUUACGCUGACCGUCUCCUCAGGGCAAACAGGGCACAUAUGCGCUAUUUCAUAAAAGCGUAAUCUGCAAGCCUUACGUCUUGCUUUCAUAUUCACCUUCGGCGAAUAUGAAGGCAGUCAGUAGGACGGCCGCAACGUUCGCUACAUGUGGUUGCACAUGGGAGCGUCACUGGCCACACGAAAUCAACGUAUUCGGGACCCCUGCUAUCCGUCGCUGCCAUUUUUUUUUUAUCAGGCAUAAGCCCCGGCAGAACGAGAGAGGCAGCCGAUGCAGAAUGGUACACGCAAUGCCCAACUGCAAGCUUCCUUGUGUGAUCUGAAAACGGAGCUGUUCAUGCAGGAUGCAGUGCAUGUAACGCGACCGUAAUUGAUGAACGGCUACUCGACAUGUUCGCUUCAUGCGGUCCUCUCGCGAGACGUCUCGAUGAAGGGGCGAGAUUGAUCGAUGAGGUAAGGAUGAUACAUAACUGGAGCAUGCGAGCGUCGUGAGAGCUCUGCGCCCAUUUCGUUGUCAUUCAAAGAAAUGCGAUAUUAGGACGUGACUGCGCAGCGACGCUCUUAAACAGAAACCGCUGCAUAAGUGAGCUCUAUUUUCCGAUCAAUCAGUGGUUAGGAGUGGCGCUUUCUGGGUGCCUAGCUACGUUUCCCGGGACAUAGACUUCUAACGCUUUAUCGCUGAAAAAAUGAAACGACCUGCCCCUUGUUAAUAUAAUAAAUAAGAGACUAAAAGAAACACUUAAUAAGUUUAGGCUUAUAUGGACAGGCUUUUUUUUCAAACGCCUAUCCCCCCUCUUUGGAACGAAAAUUGUGAUUACUAUUAUCAAGACAAAUGAAGGCCAAAUUUUGCUUACUGAAUCUCACGAUUUAUCGCGGUGCUGGUGACGUCAGUGCGGCGCCGCGGUCUUUAUUGUGAGCUCGCAUAUUUUCGGCGUUUCCGCGGAGAAAAAUGUUUCCGAAAUUUCUUAGGUUGAGUGCGUGGGGUGCGUACUUUCGAACCCAGUGUAAUCCUUCUUCGUUUAUAAGCGCUUGACUGACACCUACUAGACUCUCUCAAAAAUCCUGACGUCACGAUGAGGUGGUGAGGGAAUUCCAACAUGGUGGCGCCACCCACCUUUCGACUCUGCGCCUGUUUCUGGUUUAUAAAGACAAUCCGACCACGAUAGGAGUUGCCUAUUUGGUGUCCCAUUAAAUGUAUAAGUCUGCCAGUCUAUAGCCUAACCCGUAUAUUUUCCUUCGGUGUCUCUUUGAAGACGGUGUUGCCAAGUGGUGCGUCGGCUUACCUCAGUGUUGUGCAGGUGGUCGCUACGAGACACGUUUGUUGAGACGUUGGCCUUUGAACCUUCUUCCCUUGCCUGUACAGAGCCGCACGUGACAAUGUUUCGGACCUUCCAAGAUUUUAUCUCGGCUCGGUAUAUCUGUGGACAAACUGUAUAUCGAUCAACCAUCGCCUGUAUCACGGCUUUGGUUGUUGUUUCUUCUUUUCUUUCUCUUGUUACUAAUAUGCGAUAACCAAGUGUAAGAAAUGUAGCCGCGGCUUCCUAUACAUAUUACUACAAAAAAAAGAAUUAUACAUACAUCUAUAAAUACUAUACAUAUUAUACAUAAAUCUACACAUGAAUAAAAUAUCUUUCCUUCUGUA